AUGAAUGGUGAUAAAACAAGAAGGAGAUUUUCUUCACGGAGGCCAACACUGAGAAGAGAGGUGACCAACAUCUCAAACACUGUCCCCAACCUGCUGAAAAUACUUCCAGGUUUAUAUAAAGAAAAUGUAGGACGAAGCGUGGUGUACAUGCAAGUGGUGAAGGGACUCCUGACCUUCAGGGAUGUGGCCAUAGAAUUAUCUCAGGAGGAAUGGGGAUGCUUGAACCACAGUCAGCGGGAGCUGUACAGGGAUGUGAUGUUAGAGACCUAUGGACACCUCCUCUUCUUGGGUCUCAUUGUGUCAAAACCAGACCUGGUCAUCGUUUUGGAGCAAGAGGAGGAGCUGUGGGGUGUGAAGAGAAAGGAGACAGUAGCCUCACACUCAGGUAGGUGGGAGUGA